AUGAUGCUAAGUACUCAAAGUCCCCACCCAGCGACCCUACCCUCUGGACCUGGAUCAGCAACGACGGUAACAUAUAUGACCUUGCCGAGCAAAAAGCAGUCUAGCUCAAUGUUGAAUCGUGAAGGCGUAUUUUCAAGUCCCACGGAGUCUGAAUUCUCCGAAGGUUGUGAUGGAUUCGACUCGGUUCGGUCGUGGGACGAGAAAAAGGUAGCGGACUGGCUGCAUAGCAUACGCUGUGGACAGUAUGAAGCGAUGUUCAAAGCAAACCACUUCAACGGCGAUAACCUUCUUGAUUGUGAUCAGAGAAUACUGCAGGAAAUGGGAAUCAAAAAGGUUGGUGAUCGGGUUCGGAUUUCGGUUGCUGUCAAACAAUUAAGGACGAAAAGCGUAUCGAGUCGGAAAAAGAAGAACAGAGACUCCUUCCUGGCCUUAGAUUCAUCGAGAUUCACUCCACCCUCGUCUGAUUCACCACGCCCGUCCACCGCCCGUCAACAACCCUCUGGAAGCCGCCAAUGGCCCCGUCAGGAUAAUGGCAAAAGCUCACCGCGACCAUCUUCUCCUACCACUGAACAGGAUCGUGGAUUGCGACCGUAUCGAUAUGCAGGCGCCAGUCCAGCGGAGAGUACUCGACGGGAACAGAAUUCGACCUACUUCUCUCGUCCACUUGACUCCUCUCAGAAUUCCAGGACAACUACCCACAUGAGACAAACUCCCAGUAUCGAUGGACUCACUAUGAGCUCCCUUCCCCCAAAUUCUCCAGUCAUCAGAGUUAUAUACACGGGCGGACAAACCAAAGUUCUAAACGUGAAACACUGUAAAACGGCAGAUGACGUGAUGCUAGCCGUGCUCAGAAAACUACUCCUCCCUGAAAGUCAUUUUCGAAAUUAUUGCUUCUACGUCCUAGACGGCUUGGACCCCGAUCCAGCAAACUGCAGGCGAAUAUCCGAUGCGGAAUUGAUGCAAUUAUGCGAUGGUUCUGGCCGCGCUGAACGUGGCCGAUUGAUAUUAAAGAAACUCCAUGCUGGCGAGCCCGAUGCUGAGGAGCUUCAACGGUCUGCUCAACUCGCGAUGGAUGAAAACCAGGUUGCCCACAUAAAUGCACUCAGCACUACUAAUGUGAGAAAUCAAAUCAAACUUCAAAAGCUCACUGGCGAAUCAUGGCACAAUAUAAGACAGCCUCGGUCGCCGUUAACGGCCACGGAUCGCCACAGGGACGAAUAUCCAAAAGUCCUCAGCCCAACAAGUGACCGUCAGCAAGGCACAAAACUAAGGUCUUUCUUUGGUGCUCGCCCACCGAGUGAAAUGAUUAUCCAUGAAUUAACUUCCUACUUCCCAAGUCAUCAAAAGGCGGACAUUGAAAAGACAAUGCGUCUUUCGGUGAGAAGGUCCCAACGUUUGAGCCGUGCCGCUAGCCGCCUGAGUGUCGUGAGCAAUAUAAGUUUAGCGUCAAGCUUGAAAGAUGCGCCACCUAUUCCAAGCAUUGCCGAUACUUGGUUGGCGGGAGGUGGGCAGCAAGCCACCCGUGCGUCGAGGCCGCUCUCCGUCUCCAGGUUUAAUCUUCCUCAAAUUUCCUUCCGUGACUCGAUAGCGUCGUCCAACCUACAACCAUUGCAAGAGGAAUCUCCCGUGGAGCCAAAUCGUAAAUCCUAUGUGUCCUUCGAUAGUGCGUCUGAAGCCACCCCGGGAGAAACUAGGCAGACGUUCCUUGAUGAAUCCGUUUGCACCAAUAAUACGGAUGGCGGAAGCUCACUGAACGAAAGGUUGAGCAUGCUCGUAGCGGAAGAUGGAGAGGAGGACGACGUCGGAUUGGCCGAUUUCCUUGCCGGAAACAAUUUCAGCAAUCAGAAUUGGAUGAAAGGCUCGUUAAUCGGCGAGGGAUCUUUCGGAAGCGUCUUUCUGGCUCUUCACUCGGUCACCGGCGAACUCAUGGCGGUGAAACAGGUUGAACUUCCUUCUGCAACUAAGGGAACGGAAUUUGACAAUAGGAAAACGAGCAUGGUUAAUGCGCUAAAGCAUGAAAUUGGCCUUCUUCAAGGCCUUCAACAUCCAAACAUUGUGCAAUACCUCGGCACAUCAACCGAUGACCAAUACCUAAAUAUUUUCUUAGAGUAUGUCCCAGGGGGUUCCAUCGCGACGAUGCUCAAGCAGUACAACACUUUCCAGGAACCUCUGAUUCGGAAUUUUGUCCGCCAAAUUUUGUCAGGUCUUUCGUAUCUUCAUAGCCGCGACAUUAUCCACCGGGACAUCAAAGGUGCAAACGUCCUCGUUGACAACAAAGGCCAGAUUAAAAUCUCGGACUUUGGUAUAUCCAAGCGAGUCGAAGCCUCCACAAUGCUCGGAGCCAGUGGCUCAGGACACCUACACCGCCCUUCCCUCCAGGGGAGUGUGUAUUGGAUGGCCCCCGAAGUUGUCCGGCAAACAGCACACACCAAAAAAGCGGAUAUUUGGAGUCUUGGCUGUUUAGUCGUUGAAAUGUUCAUUGGCGCCCAUCCCUUUCCGGACUGCAGCCAGCUCCAAGCAAUUUUUGCCAUUGGAAAUAAUCAGGCACGGCCCCCGGCUCCGGAAAACGCGAGUAAAGAGGCUACGGCUUUCUUGGAUAUGACAUUUGAAAUCGACCAUGAAAAGCGACCAAGUGCCGAUGAUUUGUUGAAUGAUCCGUUUUUGGAGACCAUGAUUGCUUGA